AUGUCGCUUUCAGAUUGGACAGAUUGGAAUCAGGCCGCCGUCGUUCGUCUUAAGAGCCACGGAGUCCAGAAUAUUGAUCUUUCAACUUUCCCUUCGUCGUCACUCGCCGCUGUUCUUGUGCUUCUUUACGAGGAUGCUGGUCGACUGCGCGUACUGCUGACGACUCGGUCUAAGCUAUUGAGGACUCAUGCUGGACAGACCGCUCUGCCAGGUGGCAGGGUAGAUGAUACAGACCGGGAUCUUACCCAUACAGCCUAUAGGGAAGCACACGAGGAAGUCGGCCUUCCGUUAGGUUGCCCUCACAUCCAAACGUUGUGUACCUUCGAACCAUUCCUGUCGCUCCACAGACUGCUUGUCACCCCGGUUGUUGCCUUGUUGACCGACAACAGCGUUCUGGAAGGACUGACCGCUUCUGAAGGCGAAGUGUCUCGUAUAUUUAGUCAUCCUCUGGAAGCCCUCCUUGAUCCGAUGAUUGUGAAAGAUGACGCCUUAGCCGCGUUCGGUUCGGAAGACUGGUUUUAUGAAAACGAACUCCAUAAUACAACUGACUCCUUGGUCCCACUCUUGGGGAACACACCGUAUCGUAUGCAUCGGUUCCGAAGUACUGCGUCACCUGUCAAAGGUCUCACCUCGGAUAUUCUGAUUUCUGUUGCCCAACUCGCAUUUGAUAAAGAGCCAACAUACGAACGCUAUGCCCCAGCCCAGCCGCACGGAUUCCAAAAUAUAAUUGCUAUUGUUCGACAACAAAUGCCAUCAAAUGUCAAGUCUGUAUAGAGGGUGUUUUAUAUCAAGCAGAGUCCUUGUUUUAGAACCGGUGUGAACGCCAACGCUUGUUAACUGUACCUUAUAAAAGUUUAUACAUCUAAUUGCGGGCUGUCCUGAACUUAGGGAC